AUGGACUUUCUCGAUACAACAUGGUUCAAGACUCAUGGUCGAACACGACAAUUCCCGACACCCGAGCACUUACGAUCUCUCUUUAAGCCGCACCAGCUUCCCCAUCCGGUGAGAUUUGAGGACCUGGGCCUCAUCGUCAAAUUUGGGUCACAUGUAUCUAUAACGGAGGCGAUCAAUCUUUGGGCCAUUCGCCGAGUCUUCCAAGAUGUAAUUCCGGUGCCCGAAGUUUAUGGGUGGAGAGUUCUCGAGCAGGAAGGAAAGAUUCGCGAAGUCUUCAUCUACAUGCAACUCGUCCAGGGGCCCACGCUCGAACAACAAUGGCCUGAGCUGUCUACGACUGACAAGCAAACAAUCUGUAGCGAUCUACGUGCCAGGGUGUCUUGUCUUCGCAGUCUUCGGGACAGCGAAUCACAGCAAGUCAUUGGAUCUAUAUGUCAUGGUCCUGCGCCAGAUCUCUGCCUGGAGCGUUUACCUUUGCUGAGGCCAUUUCUCUCUCGAGUUGAGUUCCACGACUGGCUUUCCUGGUUGUGGCGCCGACAUGUUCCUGAUCCACGGAGCAUCGACGACCCGUGGAGGGACUUACUUCCAGACAACGGAUCUAUUGUUUUUACGCAUGGUGAUCUGCGUCCAGCUAACAUCAUCGUCACCGCCACGAGUCCUGCUAAGAUUGUUGCAAUUCUUGAUUGGGAGCAGGCAGGUUGGUAUCCGGACUACUGGGAAGACUGUAAAGCCAGGUUCACAGCAACAUAUAGUGGAGAGUGGCGUGGCUGGAUUGAUCAGUUUUUGGAUCCUCAUACGGAAGCAUUGGAGGCAUUCGAUUUCUACACGUGCACACUCGGUCGAUUUUAA